CUGUGACGUCAUGACCACCGACAACCGGAUGUGACGUUAUGAAAGAAACGCUACGUGUGUUUAUAACACACGAAUAAACCUGAAUAUAAUCUGAAAUAUGGCGCAUUUAACCACCAAUCCAGCGGCUAAAGAGAGGUUUCUGUGUAUAUAUCCAGCGUACAUCAACAGUAAAAAGACAUUAGCAGAAGGCAGGAGAAUACCUGUCGAGAAGGGUGUGGAGAAUCCGUCGUGUGCUGAGAUCUGUGAUGUGCUCAAAGCCGCUGGACUGAAUGUUGACAUUGAGAUUAAAAAGAUGUACCCGCGGGAAGGGAACCGGGACGAUCAGUUCAAAGGUCGAGUGAGAGUUCAACUGAAAUUGGAAGAUGGACGUUUGUGCCAAGACAAAUUUACAUCUAGGAGAGAUCUGAUGUUUUAUGUGGCUGAAACGAUUCCCAAACUGAAGACCAGAACGCAGAAGAGCGGCGGAGCGGACGCUGGAGGACAGCAGGGAGAAGGAGGGAAGAAAGUGAAGAAGAAGAAGAAGUAGAGGAUUCGAGACCACUCUGAUGACUGAUUUUGGUUCCCCUUCGAUUAAUGGAUGAAUAGUUUGUCCUCGUUGGACUUGGGAGAAGAGUUAAAGACGUGACAUCUCGGUCUAUUCAUAACAAAUACUUUACUGUUCCAGAAAAUAUCUCAUUUCAAAAUUGGCUUGUUUUUAAUAUUUUAUGAUCUCGCACACUGUUUGGAGAGCUGUGUGAAGAUGGGGUUUAUUUUCAGUUAAAUGUUGGUGAUGGAUUACGUUUUAAUGAACGCUGACAGACCCUGAAAUGCAUUCACAGGUCGUGUGGCUGCAUCUUUCAGCACGUCUGUGACCUAGCAUGCAGGAUAAGCGUUUGACUGGCCUGUAACAGGCUGUGAAAUGCCAGCGCUCGUGUCCUUCACAACACCUGUUCAUUACAGAAUCACACCGCAUGACUGCGAGCUGCAGGACGGGCUUUCAUUCUUAACAACAGCUUCUGUAUGUUUCCAUCUGUGCUAAUGAAGGAUUAAACAGUCCUACAGUGAAAUAAAAGCAAAUCAAACUGA